AUGACCAAAGAUGUACUCCCAUUCAGGCGGAACACGGCGGAUAAAGUAAAACGCGUGACAAAAGCGUUUUCCUUUCAUGCUAGUGAACAGUCCCCGCUGCCGGAGGCCCCAGAUCAGACUACUUCUGUCGGGCAAACCCUCGUAGGUAGUGGACCCAUACUUGGUCGUUUGUCACCUUCAAUGAGUUCCGUAGAGAGUCCAAAUGGUCUGCCAUCCUGCCAGCGCCACUCCAGACGGCUAAUUCGUCAGAGUUCUGCUGACUGCUCAACAAGCAGAGAAGAGAGAAUGGGAAAUAUCACUUCUGCCCACCAACAUAUUCGUUGGCCAGCCCGACAAAGAGCGGCAGCCACGGCAAUGGCCGUCCUUGAGGAGGAGGUGGUAAGUGUGAUAUGUUCUCCUAUACAUUCGAUUGUAGAAGAAUUAGACAAGUUUGGCAGCUUUGGAGCCGCCUCCUGA